AUGCGACUGCUGUCAGUUUGCACGGAUAUCCCCACGUCGCUGCUGGCCCCGCUCCUCCUCGCGCCGCCCGCCUCUCUUCCCAGCGGCCGCCGCAUGGCCCGCACCCGCGCCUCCUUUGUGGAUGUGGCGCCAGCGUCCGCGCUGCCCACGUCAUCAGUAGACCCGCGGCUGCAGUCGCUGCUGCUCAAGGUCCUCACCGUCGAGGCAGUCAACGACCCGCCCGACGACGGCGACGUCGCGAGCCUGUGCAGCGAUCUGAGGCUCGCCGGCUUCGAGCCACUGGGCAAAGGUGACGCCGCACUCGCCAGUUCCCUGCGACCGACGGCGUUCGAGCGGCUCGCCGUCCGCCCUCGCCUCGCCAACCUCGACGCGUCGCUCGCGCGCGAGGUUCAUGGCAGCGACGCCGAUGAACUUCUCUACGACGGCCGCGUCGUGCUCUGGCGCCGGCGAUACGGCUCCGAGAGUCGCGAGGGCCGCCUAGUGCUGGACAAGCUCGACUACCUGCAGCAGGCGCUCGUCCAGCGGGCGCUGGUCGCUCCGGCGACGCUGCUGCUUCAGCGAGCAAGGGAGACGGCGAUCGCAGCUUCGGCCAAAGCCGCAGCCCGCUUCGGCGGGGAAGAGCCGAAAGAGGAGCCGUCGGGACUCCUCGGCGCCCUCCUCGGCCGCUCCAACCUGUCCGAGCCAACCUAUGCCGAGCUGGUCGUCCUGUGGCGCCGCCCGGCCUCGCCGCUCGCCGCUACCGCCCGCUCGAGCCUCGUGCGGGGGCUCCCUGCCGUCCUGUCCGCAACCGCCGGCGCGCUGCGCCCCGACGACGAAGGCAGCCUCUCCCUCGGCAGCCUCGGCAGCCUUUCGCGGGCGGACCUGACCCGCCUCCGCGAAGACGCCAACGAGGCCCUCGCCGCCGCUCGCUCGCGGCCGCCUCCUCCGCCGCCGCUCGAGAUGCGCUUCUUCGUCGACAUACCGAUCGCAAACUUCGCGCUCGUGCUGCCAGACAGCCGCCCCGCCUUCCAGCUCUCCGACUGGCUCCGGCUCGACCUCAUCUCGACGCCCGCCCUCGUCGCCACCCUCGCCUCGCUCCGCUACGACGACAGCCGCCUCGACCUCGCCUCUGCGAUCGCCGUCGGCGCGUGGGCCCUCCGCACCGUCUUCUCGUUCCGGUCCGCGUACGGGCGGUACGAGCUGCUGCUGCAGCGCACCAUCAGCGACAAGCUGAGCAUUCGCGACGCGGCAGAGGUCGACUUUGCGCCGGCGCUCGCGACGCUGCGCCGGCUCGGUCUGGCGCCGUCGGAGGCAGACGCAGCCGAGGCGGCGAAGAAGGCCGAGGAGGCGAGGCUUCUCCGGCUUCUCGCGACGCUCACCGAGGAGCGGAUCCGGUUCGGCAUCACGCCGGAGACGUCGGCGAGGCGCGCGUCGGUGGCGACUGCGAGGGCCAAGGCAGUGGCAGCCAGGAUGGCGGCGGAGGCGGCCCAGCGCUCAUAG